AUGCGUCGACAUCGCCGUGAUGACGUGACUCCUUUCGACCCGGUCUCAUCGCUCUGUGCCCAGUGCAUCAUGGCUGAGGAGGCCGACAUGGCUGAGAAGGCCGCCAUGGCUGAGAAGGCCGCCAUGGCUGAGAAGGCCGUCAUGGCUGAGAAGGCCGCCAUGGCUGAGAAGGCCGUCAUGGCUGAGAAGGCCGCCAUGGCUGAGAAGACCGCAUUCAUUGAGGUCUACCGGCGCGCAUACCGCAUUAGGUCUGUAGACAAGAUAGUUGAGCAUGUUCGAACCGAAUGCUUGGGCGGCCCGUCGCUGAUCUGCACCAUGCUGAUCAAUGCAAACACAAACCGUCGGGCAGGGGGCCUCCGCUCCCUCCACUGGCACUAG